GCCCAGGGCCUCCCGGCCCCCGUCACCAGCGCCACGCGCAUGGAGGCCAACCGCCACGUCCUCUACAUCCUCCGUGACACCGACGGCCGAGGGACCCCCAAAGGCGCCGUCAUCGGCUUCCUCAAGGUGGGCUACAAGAAGCUCUUCCUUCUGGACCGUAAUGGUGCCCACAACGAAGCGGAGCCACUUUGCGUCCUGGAUUUUUACAUCCAUGAGUCAUUACAACGACAUGGUUACGGGCGGGAGCUUUUCCAGCACAUGCUGCAGAGCGAGAGGGUGGAACCCUGGCGUUUGGCCGUCGACCGACCCUCUGAGAAGCUCCUGGCUUUUCUCCGCAAACACUACGGCCUCGCCGACGCCAUCCCACAGGUGAACAACUUCGUCAUCUUCGAGGGUUUCUUCUCCAACCGACCAGGCAUAGCGGGGUCGGGUGGAUCGGGGGCGUGGCUAUGCAAAGAGGAGCCGCGGAGUAGAGGUGAGGACCUGGAGCCCACCCGAGGCCACGUUUCGGCGCUGCCCCUCCUGCCCCCCCCGGCACUGUCAUGGCCCCCCCCGGCCCGGCUCCCCGGCAGCCCCCGCCUUCGAGCCUUGUCCCCACCGGAGGGGAUGGAAGGUGACAUCACCACGGUGGACGGUCAUCGGGAAGAUGACAUCGCCGUCCACGAUGGCCCUGCCACUGCCGUCCUCCUCCUCCUGCGGCCCCCGUCCCCCUUCCUGGCCCCUGCCGGGCCCCCCCGCACCCCCCCACCCAGCAUGGAGGAGCACUUGGCUGUCAUGCACCAGAAGCUGCAGCACGAGGUGACAGAAGGGUGA